GACAGGAGGUGGCGGCGGGUCCUCUCUGUGUCUGCUGCGGCGCCUGCUCUAGACGCCUGCGGCGGCUGCGGCGACCCAGCGGCGGGCGCGGAGAUGUGGCCCCUGGUAGUGGUUCUGCUGCUGGCCUCGGUGCGCUGCGGUUCAGCUCAACUAAUAUUUAAUGUAAUCAAAUCUGUAGAAUAUACCCUUUGCAAUCAAACUGUUGUCAUCCCAUGUUUUGUUAACAAUGUGGAGACGAAGAACAUUACUGAAUUGUAUGUCAGAUGGAAAUUUAAAGGAGAAAACAUUUUCAUCUUUGAUGGAAGUAAGCGGAUGUCCAAGCCCAGCAGUAACUUUUCUAGUGCAAAAAUCACACCACCAGAAUUACUGCGUGGCAUUGCCUCUUUGAAGAUGGAUAAGAGUGAUGCUGUCUUGGGAAACUACACUUGCGAAGUAACGGAAUUGAGCAGAGAAGGAGAAACCAUCAUAGAACUAAAAUAUCGUGUUGUUUCAUGGUUUUCUCCAAAUGAAAAUAUCCUCAUUGUUAUUUUCCCAGUUUUGGCUAUACUUCUGUUCUGGGGACAGUUUGGUAUUGUGACGCUUAAAUAUAAGUCCAAUUAUACGAAGGAGAAAGCCAUUUUUCUAUUAGUUGCUGGACUGCUGCUCACUGUCCUUGUCAUUGUUGGAGCCUUUCUUUUCAUCCCAGGUGAAUAUUCAACAAAGAAUGCUUCGGGACUUGGUUUAAUUGUACUUCCUACAGUAAUAUUAAUAUUACUUCAUUACUGUGUAUUUAUGAUAGCUAUGGGGAUGUCCUCCUACACCAUCAGCAUACUGAUCCUUCAGAUACUGGGCUAUGUGCUCUCUGUGGUUGGAUUCAGCCUCUGUGUCUCAGAAUGUAUCCCAGUGCAUGGUCCUCUUCUGAUUUCAGGUUUGGGUAUUAUAGCUCUAGCAGAAUUACUUGGAUUAGUUUAUAUGAAAUGUGUUGCUUCCAAUCACAGGACUAUACAACCUCCUAAGGUAAGUUAA